UUGUUUUACAGGUUCCAGAAUCUGCUGUGGUCUCGAAAAGCAUUUGUGGACAGUGUGAAGGUGUAUAACCACAGCUACAUCUACAUGCCAGCCUUCUCGAUGAAGACAGGGACGGGACCAUCCCUACGUGUCUAUUACACCCUAGAGGAUUUCGGUGCCAAGCAGGCAGUCCUUUUCGCCAACCCUAAUUUCCUGCGUGACAUUGGCAAGUUCUGGAAGAGCAAAGGUAUCCAUGCCAAACGGCUUUCAACGGGACUUUUCCUUGUCAGUGCCGCCCUUGGUCUGUGUGAAGAAGUAACAACUUAUGGCUUCUGGCCAUUCUCGGUGGACCUGCAAGGGAAGUUUAUUAGCCAUCAUUACUAUGACAAUGUCUUGCCCGAUUCUGGAUUCCACGCCAUGCCAGAGGAAUUUCUACAGCUCUGGUUUCUUCAUAAAAGUGGUGUACUGAGAAUGCAGCUAGAACCAUGUGAGGACCCUUCAAUCCAGUCUUCUGCCUGAGGAUCGUAGGAGUCUGUUUGGGAGAUCCAAUACUUUUUAAUUUCCAUGCUUUCCAACAGAGAGUUCUGUUUUCUGUUGAUUCUUUUUAAAGGGAAAAUAAUUGUGGAUAUGUAUGGACCAUAAAAUGAUACUUGAAGGCCAAAUGGAAUACGUCCUUAAUGUAUAGUGCUUUAUGGAACUGGGGUGGGGAAAAGCAAAUCUCUCCAUCCAGUCCCUU